AUGAAACGUAACCGAUUUAGUUAUCGUAGUAGACAUCGUGCAGACAUUCGAACAGAUUUAAAAAUUAGCGAUAUCAUGGUUAAUACAUUACUGUCAUACUUCUGGGCGCAAUAUUCCGAUGCGUACGGAAUUAGACGAAGUAUAUAUCUUACCUCUUUGACAUUAUUCAUAUGUGCAAGUGUUAUAAGUGCACUUGCAAAUAAUAUUUUGCUAUUGAUUGCAAUGAGAAUUCUUCAAGCCUGCGGUGCAUCUUGUGCAAUCUGUGUUGGAGUUGGAGUGUUAAAUGAUAUUUUCAAUCCAAAUGAAAGAAAUUUUGCAUUUGGAAUAUAUUUCGCUGGAUAUUGUGUUGGCGAUUUAUUAGGUCCUGUGAUAGGAGGAUAUUUAGAUCAAUAUUUAGGUUGGAGAUGGAUAUAUUGGUUUCUCACUAUCUACGUUAGUCUCCUUCUUCUCCUUAUACUUAUAUUCGUUCCAGAAACUUAUUACCUAAGACCUUCAUCAUCAUCUGAACUUCCAUUAUCUCGUUCCCUUUUAUCACGUUCACAAAAUAAAUUAAAUCUUUUUAAACCUCUUGGUCUUCUCCUUUAUCCCAAUAUCUUCAUAAUAACAACUUAUAUAAGUUUAAUAAUCACAAUAAUGUUUAUUCAAAAUAUAAUAAUACCAAUACCAUUUACUAUUACCUACAAUCUUUCAACUUAUAUGGUUGGCUUGGUUUAUCUUAUAGCAGGAAUUGGAAAUGUUUUAGGAUGUGUAAUUGGUGGAAAAUUUUCAGAUUAUAUUUUGGAAAAGUCAAUGAAAAAAGAUGAAAAUGGAAAUGUGGAAACUGUAUAUGAGAAAAGAAUCAAUAGUUUUUGGAUUGGUGGAUUUAGUAUUCAUAUGGUAUUUUCUUCAGCAAUUGCAUAUUUAGUUGAUGCAUAUUCAAUUCAUACAGCUUCUAUAAUGUCAGUAAGUGAUUCGUUGGCAUUUAUAUUCUCAGGAAUCAUGACCAUAUUAACCCCUCUCAUAGUAAAUUUAAUAGGAUAUGGUUGGAUGUUUACUAUAUUAGCUGGUGCGAAUUUAAUUGGAAUGAUUUUUUCAAUUUUAGUAUAUUUUAAAGGAAAAAAUUGGAGAGAAAGAAGCAUGCAAGAUUAA